AUGCACAAGUUACGCGUUCUUUACCGUGACGCGGAACCACGUAACAUUCUAUACAAUACAACCAGUCGUGAGCUCAUGGUUGUGGAUUUUAAGCGCGCCGAGUUCCACGGUCGCCGGCCCUUAGGUUUAAUUGGCCCUAAUCAGAGCCGGAAGAGGAAGCGUGGAGUAGUACAGAAACAAAAGAAGGAUGACUUUGCGCGAGAGCUGGAGUCCGCUACGACAGGGGCAUCAAGUUGUGUGGCGAACUUGCCCAGUCCUUCAGAAAUCACGUCGCAGCUCUAA